GACGGAUAAAAUCUAGUCUGUGAGUCAGAGAUGGACCAUAAACUGCUGUAAACCAUCCUAAACUAACCAGCAGGAGUCACACGACCACUAGUUUUUAUGAUAGGUAGGAGAGAAUCAAAGCGGAAGUGAGCAACUAAGCGGAGCAGGAAAACUUUUUUUGGGGAACUUGGAGACUGCUGUAUCACAUCGGAGCUACGUGAUGCAAAGUAGCCUACAAACUCUUCUAUGCCGAGUUAAGUUCGUAAAGGCAGCUGUUGUCGUAGAGCCACAAUGGGACUCCCCACUUUGGAGUUCAGCGACUCGUUCCUGGACAGUCCGGACUUCAGAGAGCGUCUCAAAUGCCAUGAAAUCGAGCUGGAGCGGACAAAUAAAUUCAUCAAAGAGCUCAUCAAGGAUGGGAAUAUGCUAAUCACUGCGCUCAAGAAUCUUUCUGCUGCCGUCCAGAAGUUCUCCCAGUCCCUGCAGGAGUUCCAGUUCGAGUGCAUUGGUGAUGCAGAGACGGAUGACGAGGUGAACAUCGCCCAGUCAUUCAAAGAGUUCUCCCAGCUGCUGACUACUGUUGAAGAGGAAAGACGACGCUUGAUUCAGAAUGCAGACGAUGUGUUGAUUACUCCCUUGGAAAAAUUCCGGAAGGAGCAAAUUGGCGCUGCGAAGGAGGGGAAGAAGAAAUUCGACAAGGAAACAGAAAAAUACUACUCCACACUUGAGAGACACCUCAACUUAUCAUCCAAAAAGAAGGAAGCAUAUCUACAAGAGGCUGACACGCAGAUUGAUAAGGAGAGACAGCUCUUUUAUGACGCAUCUCUUGAGUAUGUUUUCAAAAUACAAGAAGUGCAAGAAAAGAAGAAAUUUGAGUUUGUUGAGCCGCUCCUGGCCUUUCUGCAGGGCUUGUUUACAUUCUACCAUGAAGGAUAUGAGCUGGCUCACGAGUUUGAGCCGUACAAACAGCAGCUCCAGUUCAACCUACAGAACACACGAAACAACUUUGUGAGUACUAAGCAGGAAGUGGAGAAGCUGAUGAAGAGGAUAAGGUCUGCAGAUCAGGACUAUAAACCUCCAGGCCAGUGGACGAUGGAAGGCUUCCUGUACGUCCAGGAGAAACGUCCCCUGGGAUGCACUUGGACACGUCACUACUGCACUUACGAAAAAGGCAGCAAGACCUUCACCAUGAGCAACACUGAAAACAAGUCGGCCGGGAAACAGAAUGGGCUUGUUCUGAACCAGCCGGAGAUGUACAAGCUCAAGUCCUGCAUUCGAAGAAAAACAGACUCCAUCGACAAGCGAUUCUGCUUUGAUAUCGAAGUGGUGGAGAGAAAUGACAUCUAUCGUGGAACUCUUUUCAGACCGCUUCAGUUUUUCUGUAAAGUCCGGCAUGGCGUUAUGACACUGCAGGCACUGUCAGAGUCCAACAGAAGAUUGUGGCUAGAAGCCAUGGAUGGCAAGGAGCCGAUUUACAACCUGCCGGCCAUAUUAAGCAAAAAGGAAGAAACAUUUCUUAAUGAGGCGGGCUUUAACUUCGUAAGGAAAUGCAUUGACCUGGUGGAGAGCAGAGGCAUUAACACAAUGGGACUGUACAGAAUUGGAGGGGUCAACUCCAAAGUGCAGAAGCUGAUGACCACAGUCUUUUCAUCCAAGGCACCUGUGGAUAUGGACCUGGAUCCAGAGACGUGGGACAACAAAACCAUCACCAGCGGGCUGAAGAAUUACCUCAGGUGUCUCUCUGAGCCUCUAAUGACCUUCAAGCUCCACAAAGAUUUUAUCAUGGCUGUCAAGUCAGAUGACCAGAACUACAGAGUGUGUGCUGUUCAUGCUUUGGUUCAUAAGCUGCCCGAGAGGAACAAGGAAAUGCUGGAGCUACUAAUAAAACACCUUGUCACGGUUUCCAUGCAAAGCCAGCUCAACCUGAUGACAGUGUCCAACCUGGGUGUCAUCUUUGGGCCCACCCUGAUGCGGUCACAAGAGGAAACUGUGGCCGCCAUGAUGAACAUCAAGUUCCAGAACAUUGUGGUGGAGAUACUUAUCGAGAACUUCAAGAAGAUCUUCCACCAGCCCCCGGACCCCAAUGUGCCCCUGCCCCAACCCCAGAGCCGGCCUGGCUCUCGCAGGAGCAGGGCCAUCUGUCUGACCACGGGGCCCAGGAAGCCCCGCAGCCUCUACACUCCGACACUGUGCCUGGCAGACGCAGAAAGUGACACUUUUAGCAGCAGUCCAAGCAGUACCCCCAUGGGCAGCAUGGAGUCUUUGUCCUCCCACUCGUCUGAGCAGAACAGCUCCUCCAAAACAGCUUCCUCUGCUCCGGUCAAGGACAAGUCGCUGCUGGACCUCCGCCGAACGCCAUCGCAGCUCUCGAAUGGCCCCAGGAGUGCUGUGUGUGUCAGCAGCCCAGAUUCCAGCUCCAGGGAGGACGCAGGGCGUACAGAUGGAGAGUCGGAGGACGCUCUCAGCCUGUCCUCAGUCAGCACGGCACCCAGGCUGUCCCCUGCCCCCAAAAAGGCCCCUCACUGCCGCAUCGACCUCAGGCCAACACUGCUGAACCGCUCAGCUGCCCCCUCUCUGAAAUCACUGCAUAUAUCUGAAGGCCACAGAAGCUGCUCUGGAUCUGUCCAAAGUCUGUCAACACUGGAGCCCAAAGAGAGUUUAAAGCCGACCGAGCACCCAGACCUUCCACCCAAACAAGUGACCCGCUGCAGGAUGGACACCUCAGUCAGCAACGGCUACCAAAGACCUGGCUCAGUGGUCGCUGCCAGAGCCUUGCUUUUUGAGAACGCCUCUUCCCCACAGUCUGUUCCUGUCGGAAGAGACGCCAAGGCCAUGUAUUCCUGUGAAGCAGAGCACAGCAACGAGCUCAGCUUCCCCCAGGGGGCGCACUUCUCAAACGUCUACCCCUCUGUUGAACCAGGCUGGCUUCAAGCAACAUUCGAGGGGAAAACAGGUUUAAUCCCCGAGAAUUAUGUCGUCAUCCUCUAAAAAGCUGGUAAACAUUGCAUCUUUGUCAUGGUAUCCAUGGAACAAGAAAUAAUAAUACACAAUGUGGCUGGUUGUUGUAAUAUUAUUAAUGCUGGUAACUGAUAUUUCUGCAUUUUAUGCAGUCUUAGCAGAUACCAAGCAGGGUUGUGUUAAUAGUGCUAGAAGUCCAAAGAUGUACCUCCUUUUUGUAAUGACUGUAUUGUAAAAUGUUUGGGGGAAUCUGCAGAGAUUCAUGCCCGGGUCCCGACCUUUGAAUCAACCUACUCCACUGAGUUUGAGUUGGAAAAUGAAAGUUGAGUAUAACGAGAUGACAGUUCUGUCUGAUAUCAGACAACACAGAUUCAGAAGUUAAAGGAAUAAUUCACCCACAAUGAUCAUUUGUAUAUCAAUCAGUCGUGCUAUGUUACUUUGAAUUGACCUAUGGCUAAGCCACGCCCCCCUCCACUCACUCGGACAAAAUAUUAACAAGUACACGGCAUUUCGCAGUAGGCAAUUCAUGAUUUUUGGGGACAUAACGAUCAAAUUUUGGUGCAUCAAAGUGCCACUGAAGUUAAGGUUUUGUUCUCAGAAUAUGAGAGAAGAAUAACAGCCUUUUUACCAUCUUUACCAAGAGUGUCUCUCUGUUAGUUUGGUGCUACAGUAUUUACACUGAAUCAUUCAGCAUAAUGUUUGCCAACCUUUGUUAUCUCUGCAACACAGAUACGUUAAUGGAGCUAAGCUCCAGAAGUUAACGUUAACAGCUAACAAUGAUGUACGAUCACCAAAGUACAAAAACUAGAACAAAAUAGGCUAAUGAACUCCCAGCAAACAAGGUGACAUGAUGAACAACGCAGCUAGGAGCUAACGUUAGGCUAACUUUAGCUAACGUUAGCUAGAGAUGUUAAAGAUAACUUUAUAUUUCUUUCCAGCAAAGUGACAAUAUGUUGUUUCAAACACGAUGUUGAUUUACCUUAGAACAGAUGUAGAUAUCCUUGUUAAUCUUAUUCACGAUGAGUUGAUGUUCAACCAAAGGAGACACUUUUCUCGGUUGAGAUGUGGCUUCGGAAAGGGUAAAAAAUACACCUCGUCAACCAGCCUCUCAGGAUACCUUGUGUCGGAGUUGCAUGUACCCCAUGCACACCAUUUGACCAUUUUUAAACUUCAAAUCUCAGAAAAAGCUCAUAAAACCGAACGAAACUGACUUUCUGUAAUGCAUUUCAAUGGACGUCCAGGCAGAGAAUGUCUGAGUGUGUGGGAAUGGCUAUACGCACUAUAAUUGGCUCAUCGCGUUUGAGGGCGGGGCUUAGCCAGAGGUCAUUUGGAGAAAACCUUGUUUUAACAGGUUUUUAAUUAACAGCCCCGCCUCUUUUACAUGAACAAGCUCAUGGCUGGAUAGGAAAACCCAGAGUUGACUGAACUAGUUAAUAACCAGCUUUGUAGUGCCGGUUGUCCAAUAGCUAUGUUUCCAUCCAAAAGUGAUACGAAUCAUUGGGAAAUGCGCAUUAAAAGAAAUACGAAUCCUGUGUGUUUCCAUUAAAUGUACGGACUUUGGUGAAAACUACGAACUUGCGCGAGUUUUCCGCAGAACCAGAAACAAAACAAGUUUCGCAUUCUUCUUCUUCUACGUUUGCUUCUACGUUUUCUUCUACGUUUGCUGGUGGUUGGCAACCAGCUUGUAAAUGCGUUACCGCCUUCCCGACCCGGAGUGUGGAUAUCACCAUGGAGAGAGGUGCACUAUGUCAGACUUAAUUCAAACAUAACUGUUUCCAUCCCCCGUUUUGCGAAUCAACAUUUUUUCGAAUCAACCAAAACCCAGCUAAAGCAAGCGUAUUUUAGUUUGUGCGAAUCAGGGGAUUUUAAUUCGAAUUUUGACGUUUCCAUCAUAAUUUUCCAAUGCGAUACUUCUAGAUGCGCAUCUAAACAGGCUGAUGGAAACAUGGCUAAUGUUAGGGUUAGUCAAGCCAGAUAACCAAAAGAUAUCCUGGGUAAGUUGAACUGGCUUCGUAGUGCAGGCCUCAGCAAAACUAUAUCAAAACAUCUGUUUACAAACUCACACAUAACUUGUGCAGUGCAGCCUAAUCCAAGUGUCAUUUAUCCAGUUGUAUGCUCAGUGCUUGUGCAAGAAAAACCAAGUUUUCUUUACGAAUUCAAGGGACCGUGGCAUGACUGAUUCACAAAUGGUAAUUUUGUUGGUUCGGAGUUCCUUUAAGAAGAAAUGGAUAUUAUGAUAUUAUUGUUAAAUGUAAAUAUAUUACCCAUCAACUGCACUGAUGUUUUUAGUCCCAGUAUUAUCCUACAGAAACACAAAAACAAUCACAUCCAAUUUCACAAGUUUUAUUCUCAGAAAUAUAUUAUCUUUUUUUUAACUUCCCAUUCAAUCAACACUUUCCUUUCAUUAAAGGAAACCUGUAGUUUCAUAAACAUUUUCUGCUAGCUGUAAUAGAACAAACUGUGAUUUAAAAUAACGAUACUAAUCUAUUAGAAUUUAAAAGAAAAAGCAUAAUGGUUUUGCACCUUAUCUUUCAUGUUUAUGGCCUGUGAUCAUUGUUCAUCCACUGAACCUGCUCACUGCUGCAGCGCACUUUCUGGUUAGCUACACGGUACUGUACUGUACAUUACUGCUCAUGAGUUCUUCUGUCGUCGCUAAUCAAAAAUAUUUACUUCAUGUAACUGUGUAUUACUAUAAAUUAUCACACCAAAUAUAUGCAGUAUGUAAAAAUGUGUUUUUAUAAUGUCAUGAAAUGUUCAUGAGGUGGAGCUUUCACCUUUCAUGCCUCUGUUGGAACUGUACUCUCUGGUACACUGGUGUACCGGUAAUAACAACUAGACAUGUAUCAGAUUAUAUUAUGUUAAAGAUAGCAUUUAAUAUUUAAUUUUCUAGUACUGUUACAACAUUUCCAAAGUACAAAGUCCAUCAUUAUUUAAAAGGUUAACUUCAGUGAUAAUAUUUCAGAAAAAGAUAAAAGAAAGAAAAUAAUCAACAACACUUUAACUCCUCAGAUAUUACAGACUGAACAGACUUUCUCUUGUGACCGAAAAUGUAUUUUAAAAGGUAUUUGAGAUCUUGUAUACUUGCCAAGAUCAGGGCGUUCUUUUCCAUUUACAUCUUUAAGAAUGCGAGGUGGCCUUGGACACUGAUGCUGGACUAACACUCCCUUACCGUCUGACUUAGCAGAGGAAAUGAUAUUCAUAUCCUAAAUAUGUAACAUUUGGCAUCCUUUUUUUUUUAUAUGGCAAGCUUGUUACUUUGCAAUCAUCUACUGUGUCUUGAUGGUGCGUAAAUAUGUCUUUAAAUAAACAGCGUGAUUUAUUAG